AUGACCCAAGAGCGACUGUGGCAGCUCCUAGAUCCUUCAUGGGCAGAUCCUCGCCUGCUCUCAGCCCUGCUCUGUGGUUCAGCUGCAGCCACUGUGUUGCUGAAAUGGCUGGGUCAGAGACAGAUCCAGCAGAAGAUGGAAGAGGCAAGGAGGAUGCGCGAUCUGGCCUUGGAACGAAUGGAGAAAGCAGCCUGCAGGUUUAAAAAAGAGAACCCAGGUGUCCAGACCGAGCACAUCCUCUCCCUGCCGAUGGUGGAGCUGGUGGAGAAACUGAAGGAGGGGUCCCUGUCCCUAGAGAGUGUCCUUUACUCCUACAUGGGGAAAGCUUUGGAAGUGACGCAGGAAGUGAACUGUGUGACAGAUUUCAUUCACGGCUGUGAGGAUCAGCUCCGGAAAGUGAAGCAGCAGAAGGAGAAGGGGCUCCUCUAUGGUAUUCCUGUCAGUAUCAAGGACCACAUUAAUUGCAAGGGUCACGUCUCUUCUGGCGGGAUGGUGAAGUUCCUGGGCCAAGUGAAGGAAGAAGACAGUGUGAUCGUCCAGGUUUUAAAGAGCCAGGGAGCAAUCCCCUUUGUGAAAACCAACAACUCGCAGACCAUGAUAAACUAUGACUGCAGCAACCUCAUCUUUGGCCAGACGCUGAACCCUCUCAACCACAAGAAGAGCCCUGGAGGUUCUUCUGGAGGCGAGGGAGCUCUGAUCGCAGGGGGAGGCUCCAUCCUGGGAAUCGGCUCAGAUGUAGCUGGGAGCAUCCGCCUACCAUCCAGCUUCUGUGGGUUGUGUGGACUCAAACCCACAGGCGAAAGGAUUAGCAAGCUGGGUAUGGUUACUCCUCUCGUAGGAAUGAAAUCGGUGACUGCAAUGCUGGGGCCGAUGGCGAGGGACGUGGACAGCCUGGCCCUGUGCAUGAAAGCGCUGCUCUGCAAGGAGAUGUUCCGGCUGGACCCCACUGUGCCUCCCAUCCCCUUUGAUGACGAAGUUUACUCCAGUUCAAAGCCACUUCGGAUUGGGUACUAUGAAGGAGAUGGCUACUUCAUGCCAUCACCCAGCAUGAGACGUGCUGUUCAGCAGACCAGAAAACUCCUCCAGGAGGCAGGACACACACUUGUUCCGUUUGCACCGCCCAAGAUUGACUACAUGGUAGAUGAGCUCUUCACUAGAGGCCUCUUCUCAGAUGGCGCUGCCCACUUGGUGGAUUGCUUCAAAGGCGACAUUGUGGAUCCCAACCUGAAAUCCCAGUUCAAUACUUACAGGCUUCCUGUUCUGGUGAAAAAGAUCUUGGCUGUCAUCUUGAAACCCAUAUAUCCAAGAAUCGCUCGGGAUCUUGAUGCUCUCUGUGGAGUGGGGUCUGCGAAAAACCUCUGGAAUCAGCAUGGGGCAGUGGCGGUUUACCGCACAGAAUUCAUUGCUAAAUGGAGGAAGCUAGGCCUGGACGUGAUUCUUUGUCCUAUGCUGGGUCCAGCCUUUAACCAUGGCUAUGCUGGGAAGCUAUUUGCUGCUACCUCCUAUACCAAUUUAUACAACGUCAUAAACUUCCCUGCUGGAGUGGUGCCAGUGAGCACGGUCACGAGAGCCGAUGAAGAAGAACUGAAGCAUUACAGAGGAUACUAUGGGGAUCCUUGGGAUAAGAGGCUGAAAGAGGCUGUGGAAGGGGCCGUGGGGCUGCCCGUGGCCGUGCAGUGCGUGGCUUUGCCAUGGCAGGAGGAGCUCUGCCUCCGCUUCAUGAAGGAGGUGGAGACACUCACCCAGGGCAUGAGGAGAAACGUGUGA